ACUCAGUUGAUCUAUCUCAUCGUUUCUUUCUACUUUGAUCAGAAAAUUAUGGGUGUUUUCACUUCCGAAAGCGAACUCGUUUCUCCAGUCUCCGCUGCAAAAUUGUUCAAAGCCAUUGUCGUAGAUGCCGCCAACGUCUUCCCAAAAGCAUUACCAAACUUCAUUAAGAGCGCAGAAACCAUAGAAGGAGAUGGAGGACCAGGAACCAUUAAGAAGCUCACUCUUGCUGAAGGUUUAGGGUUUGUGAAGCACCAGGUAGAUGCAAUAGACACAGAAAACUAUGUGUACAACUACAGUGUGAUCGAAGGAAGUGCAUUGUCAGAUACAUUGGAGAAGAUAUCUUAUGAGUACAAAUUAGUGGGAACCGAUGAUGGAGGAUCGAUUGUGAAGUGCAUGAGCAAAUACUAUACGAAAGGUGAUGAGAAACUCGCUGAAGAAUUUGUCAAGGCUGGUAAGGAGAGAUCUGCGGCAUUCACUAAGGCUAUUCAGGAUUUCAUUCUGGCUAAUCCUCAUUACAAUUAAUUAACCCAUCUCCAUGUUAUCGAUAUGCUACAAUUCUCUCUCUGUUUCUUCAUCCUGUUGUGUUGCUUUAAGUUUCAAUAAUUAACGUUUGAUCUUGCUUUGAGAUUGUUCCCAAAGUGGUCAUGAUCAUUAUAUCGGUACUAUUUGUUUUACCCUUUUGUUAGGAGCGUCUCUGGCUUCAACUAUAAUAUGAAUGCAUUAUUAUUACUUUAUGGCUUA